AUGGAACAGGAAAAUGAGAAGCCCCUUCAGGAAGGGACCACUCCCUCUGUCCCAACCCAGACAGCAGACACUUCUGGGACUGUGGCGAAUGGAUGUGCCAACGAGGAAGAGUUAGCCAAAGACAUGGCCCAGAAGAUGUGUGACAAGGAAUCUGAAGAAGUGGGAGGGGCUGACAAUGAAAAUAGAGUAGAGGAGGCCCAGUCCAAGGCCAAGACAGAGAAUGAUGAGGAAGCCAAAUCUGAUCCCAAGAAGGAGGUUGAUGAAAAAGAGGAGAGCAAACCUGUACCCCAAGGAGAGGCAGAGGGGGGAAAAGAGGCUGAGUCUGAAUUGAAAAAAGAGGCUAAGGGGAAAAAGGAGGCCAAGUCCGAACCCAAAAAAGAGUCUGAUGGAAAAGAGGAGGCCAAGUCUGAAGCCAAAGAAGAGGCUCAUGGGAAAGAAGAGGCCAAGUCCGAAGCCAAAGAAGAGGCUCAUGGGAAAGAGAAGGCCAAGUCUGAAGCCAAAGAAGAGGCUCAUGGGAAAGAAGAGGCCAAGUCCGAAGCCAAAGAAGAGGCUCAUGGGAAAGAGGAGGCCAAGUCUGAAGCCAAAGAAGAGGCUGAUGAGAAACAGGAGGCCAAGUCUGAAGCCAAAGAAGAGGCUGAUGGGAAAGAAGAGGCCAAGUCUGAACCCAAAAAAGGGGAUGAUAGAGAAGAAAUCAAAUGUGACUCAACAGAGGAGGCGACAAAGGAGUCAGAGAAAGAAAAUAAUGAGACUUCCUGCUCAGAGUUGGAGGCAGAAACCAUUUCUGACACUCAGGUCACCCAGGAGGUAAGUGGUACAGAUGGAGAGCCAGGCAAUGGAGCUGAGAAGGAGCAAAGAGGAAGCUCAGAAGCAACUCCUAGCUCACCAGAGGAGUGGCCAGAGAGUCCCACAGGAGAAGGACAGCACCUCAGCCCAGAUACUACUGGUCCAGAGAGCCCAACAACCAGUGACUCGUCCCCCAGUGAUGUGCCCCAGAGUCCCACAGGCCCCGCUCCCUCAGAGGAGAGGACUGAGAAGCCGUCAGAACGCAGAGUCUCUGCUCCAACCCGACCCCGAGGUCCCAGGGCUCAGAACCGAAAAGCCAUCAUGGACAAGUUUGGGGGGGCAGCAACUGGCCCUGCCCCCCUGUUCCGGAACGCCAAGGCAGCAGGGGCAGCCGUGGGCGGCGUCAGGAACAUGCUGCUUGAGUGGUGUCGAGCCAUGACCCGGAAGUAUGAGCACGUGGACAUUCAGAACUUCUCCUCCAGCUGGAGCAGCGGAAUGGCCUUCUGUGCUCUCAUCCACAAAUUCUUCCCCGGCUUCGAUUAUGCUUCACUUGAUCCCAAGAAGCGCCGGGAGAACUUCACCCUGGCUUUCUCUACGGCUGAGAAUCUGGCUGACUGUGCCCAGCUGCUGGAAGUAGAUGACAUGGUCCGGCUGAGCGUCCCUGACUCCAAAUGUGUCUACACCUACAUCCAGGAGCUGUACCGCAGCCUUGUGCAAAAGGGACUGGUGAAAACCAAGAAGAAAUAAGGAGCACGAGCGCCCCCAGCAGGAGCAGCCCAGAAGGACACCUUGGUUGAUGCUGAGGGUUUCCUCUGGCUCUUCAGCAUCCCUGAGCUAUUGGGGAGGAGAGAGGCAGAAGGGGCAGCAGAGCCACAGCCUGGGCCUCUCAGAGUCCAUGCCCCAGCCUCCGAGCACACCCCACCCCACCCCCACCCCAGAA